GAAAAUGCGGUUUUUACCCUAUUUCCUCAGGAAGCAGAUAUGAAUUGGCUAUAAAUCCGUAAAAUCGUCGCAUUCCCAUUCAUAGUUCGAAAUGAGGCUCGUCAUUCUCAUUGUUUUAUUACUUUCAGUAAUUGAAAUAUCAAAAUCUAAUUUCGUCUGGCUGAUUUCGUGCCACGAUAACACGGAAUGCUCGCAUCUCAAAAACGCAAAGUGUCUCAAUGGGUUCUGCAAUUGCGGGAAAAAGUACAGCGUGUGCGAGGAUUUGAAAAUCAUUGGGAGGGAAUGUGACGAUUUGAGGACGUGUAACUUGAGUUAUUCGGAAUGCGGGGAAAAUGGAAAAUGCGUUUGUAAGGAGGGGUUUAUGCCAGGGAGCGAUUUGAUGAGUUGUCUCAGGGUGGGUGGACAAGUGGCCGGGACGAAUGUUACGGAAGACAAGCUCGGAAAUGAAAAAUCACUCUCACAGUCGAUUUCCGGUCAAGGAUGUGUGUUUUUAUUAUUAAUUAUUUUUUCAGUUUUGUUUUUGUGAUUAUUGAAAUAAAAUAAGCAUUUGUAUGGCGA